CGGCUGCGCCCCGUGGCUCCCGGCGCCGCAGAGCUCCCAGUCGGGGGCCGGUGAUGCUCGGGCCGGACGUCCAGGGAGCGGCCUCCUCCGUCUCGCUGAAAAUGUGUAUCUAAGAUGCGAGCUCGACAUAGCAGAAGGCCUUGGCGUGCCUGCCCUGCCCUUGUGCUUGGACCAUGAAGGUUUUAGGAGAGCGACUCUUCUGGGUGUCGCUUCCACUGCUUCACCUGACCACCAGCGCUGCAGACCAUGGAGAAGUAGCAAGGCACGCGAUCAAGUUACACUGGGGAAGGGGCGCGGCUGUCGCUCAGAGGCGGCAGUGGGUCCUGGGCAGCUGCAGGAAGCUCUCCGGGCUUCUUCGCCAGAAGGAUGUGGUUCUGAACAAACUGAAAGAUGCAAUCAGAGCUGUGGAAGAAGAGGCUGGCCUGUUGGAUGGAGAGAAGCUGUUUCGGGUGCACACAUUUGAGAUUUUCCAGAAGGAGCUAAAUGAGAGUGAAAACUCGGUCUUCCAGGCUAUCCACGGGCUUCAGAGAGCCCUGCAGGGAGACUACAGGGACGUGGUGAACAUGAAGGAGAGCAGCCGGCAGCGGCUGGAGGCCCUGAGAGAGGCUGCCAUCAAGGAAGAGACAGAAUAUGUGGAACUUCUGGCAGCAGAAAAGCAUCAAGCUGAAGCCUUUAAAAAUAUGCAACAUCAAAAUGAAAGCCUGUCCAUGCUUGAUGAAAUCCUUGAAGACGUGAGGAAGGCAGCAGAUCGUCUGGAGGAGGAAAUCGAGGAGCACGCUUUCGAUGACAAUAAAUCAGUCAAAGGGGUCAAUUUUGAGGCAGUUCUGCGGGUGGAGGAAGAAGAGGCCAAUUCUGAGCAGAAUAAGACACGACGGGAAGUGGAGGACAGCUUGGGCCUCAGUAUGCUGAUUGACUCUCAGAACAACCGGUACAUUCUGACCAGGCCCAGAGACGCGACCAUCCCACGUGCAGACCGCCACUUCCUCCAGGACAUUGUUACCAUAGGAAUGUUGUCUUUACCUUGUGGCUGGCUGUGCACGACAGUAGGACUGCCUACGAUGUUUGGGUAUAUUAUUUGUGGUGUGCUUCUGGGACCUUCAGGACUGAACAGUAUUAAGUCUAUUGUUCAAGUGGAGACAUUAGGAGAAUUUGGGGUGUUCUUUACUCUUUUUCUUGUUGGCUUAGAAUUUUCCCCAGAAAAGCUGAGAAAGGUGUGGAAGAUAUCCUUACAAGGACCGUGCUACAUGACACUGUUAAUGAUUGCGUUCGGCUUGCUGUGGGGACACCUUCUGAGGGUCGGGCCCACUCAGAGUGUCUUCAUCUCCACCUGCCUGUCUUUGUCGAGCACACCCUUAGUGUCCCGAUUCCUUGUGGGCAGUGCUCGGAGCGAUAAAGAAGGCGACGUCGACCAUGGUGCAGUGCUGCUGGGGAUGCUGGUGACACAGGAUGUGCAGCUGGGCCUGUUCAUUGCUGUCCUGCCGACUCUUAUCCAGGCAGGGGCAAGUGCCUCUUCUAGCAUUGUCAUGGAAAUACUGCGAGUACUGGCUUUGGUUGGUCAGAUUCUUUUUUCACUGGCUGCUGUUUUUCUUUCAUGUCUUAUUAUGAAGACUUACCUCAUAGGACCGUACUAUCGAAAGCUGCACAUGGAAAGCAAAGGAAACAAAGAAAUCCUUGUCUUAGGGUUAUCUGCCUUCAUCUUUUUAAUGUUAACGGUAACGGAGCUGCUGGACAUCUCCAUGGAGCUGGGCUGCUUCCUGGCCGGUGCCCUGGUCUCCUCCCAGGGCCACAUGGCCACCGAGGAGAUCACGUCGUACAUCGAGCCCAUUCGCGACUUCCUGGCCAUCAUCUUCUUUGCAUCGAUAGGGCUGCACGUCUUCCCUACCUUUGUGGUGUAUGAGCUCACGGUGUUGGUGUUCCUCACCUUGGUGGUGGUGCUCACGAAGUUUGUUUUGGCAGCGUUGGUCUUGUCUCUCAUCCUGCCAAGGAGCAGCCAGUACAUCAAGUGGAUCGUCUCCGCGGGGUUGGCCCAGGUCAGCGAGUUUUCCUUUGUCCUGGGGAGCCGAGCGCGAAGAGCUGGCAUCAUCUCGCGGGAGGUGUACCUUCUUAUACUGAGUGUGACCACGCUCAGCCUCCUACUUGCCCCGGUGCUGUGGAGAGCUGCAGUUACGAGAUGUGUGCCCAGACCGGAGAGACGGCCAAGUCUCUGAUGCACCAAGAUGCUGGCUUUGGACAGGGGAACCUCUGCGGGCAGCGAGUUCUUCUCAGGGGCCUGUGACUGCUCAUCCCUGUGGCCUCAUGCCCUGGGGACAGAAAAACACUAGCAAAGAGCAGUGUCUUCAUGCUUGCCUGGCUUCUGCAGAAUAUUCCUGUCGUGUUUUAGAAUUUUCCAGAGUGAUUUAUUUGCAGUCAGUCGGUUAUGUGCAGUGGAACUAUAACACUGCAUUUUACAAAUCGCCUUGACUGUUUUGCCUGGACGUGCCUUUUCCCAAAAUUAUUAACUUUCUAUUGUUAAUUCAUCAAUUCAUGACUGUUUUGGUAAAAAAAUAAAUUAGAAAGGCUUUUUAUUUAUUGUACAACUUUAGGAUUAUAAUCUGGUCAAAUAUUUGUUAUUAAACAUUUCUGUGAUAUGAAAUUUUAAUUCUGGCAAUGUGUUUGGAAGCUUACUCUUGAUCCUUAAAGCCUAUGUUUUCUAAAAUGAGAAAUAUCUUAAAAUGUCUAUUUGCCUUUUAUUAUAACUAUUUUAAAUAAAACACUUUUAUGUCAGUUCCUGUUAAGUAUAUCACUCAAAAUGUUUGGUUUUGAAUCAUAAGAACGUGCAUUCUUUAAUAAAGGUCAUUUAUGAUUAGGGUAUAA